GUGCCAGAACAGCCGAACACUGCAGUGGAGAGAGCAGGACGGACGCACCACCGAGGAAUAUGUCCGCUUUGUCACGCGCCGAGGGACGCGGAAAUCCACGGCGCGGCACAGUCCACGCGCAUCCCCAGCCUCAGCUUUAAGGCAGCACACGCGCAUCGCCUUGUUUUCCACUUAUGUUCUGCUGAAAUCUUUGCUGCUGCUGCUGCUGCUUGUGGUCCAUCCCUGUCCCCUCCUCCUCCUCCUCCUCCUCCUCCUCCUCCUCCUCCUCCUCCUCCUCCUCCUCCUCCUCCUCCUCCUCCCCCAUUCUUCCUCCUCCUCCUCCUGCUGCUGCUUUCCGUCCCGUCGCCAGGAUGGAUAAGACGCUCUGCAGUCCGCAUCCCGGGACCAACAAACCCAACUCCACGGACCGGGGGAACUCGUCGUCAAGGAAACCAGCCCGGACCGGGUCGCACAGCCCCGGCUCCGGCUCCCUGGGCGGCCCGGCCGGAGCGGGGGGCGUCAGGGGCGCAUUGGUGGGGAACAGCAUGAAUGUGCAGCAGCAGCAGCAGCAGCAGAGCCGCAGAAGGCAGCUGGAAGGAGUGUUGAGCAAAUACACCAACCUGCUCCAAGGCUGGCAGAACAGGUACUUUGUGUUAGAUCCAGAGUUGGGACAGCUGCAGUACUUCGUCAACGAACAGGGAAGGAGCCAGAAGCCCCGCGGGUCGCUGCCGCUGAUUGGUGCCUCUGUAACCCCGAGCGACGAAGCGCCACACAUGUUCAUUGUUAACUCUGUCAAUGGAGAACUGUACAAACUCCGAGCCUCUGAUGCCAAGGAGCAGCAGUUUUGGAUUAGUCAGCUCCAAGCGUGUGCCAGACGUCACUCUGACAGCAGUGCCAAGGUGAGGAAGCUGAAGGGCUCGGAUGAACACCUGAGUGUGGAAAGAGCAGGAAGCCAAGACGUGUUGGGCCCCUCUUCCUCCGGUCGGACCCGAAGCUUCUCCCUCCUCCCUCAUCUGACUCCGUCUUCAUCCCCGGCCUCCCAGAGACACCUGAGCCACACGGCCUCGCCCAGUAACAUCGUCACCAUCACCCACCACAAAUCUCCGGCUGCAGCUCGACGAGCCAAGAACCUGUACCCAGGACGACUGCUGGAGGUCAAAGAGGUGAUGUCCCAAGCUGAGGGUCAACAGAAGAACCUGGUCCAGUCCAUUGACUCUCUGCCCACCAAAGGUCCCGUGUCCUGUCUGGACCAGGACCUGCUGCUGCUCAAAGCCACGUCGGCCGCCACCCUCAGCUGCCUGGGAGAGUGCCUGAACAUCCUCCAACAGACCCAGAGCCACAACCAGGCGCCGCCUCAGUCCCAGACCUCCCAACACAACCACAGCGCCCCCUCCGAUGGUGUUCCUGUGUGGACUGUACCAAAGUCGCCGUCAGGGGAGCAGCUGAAGAACGGCGGUCUGACUCCUCUACACUCAGCCGAGCCCUCCCCGGCGCUCAGGAAAAGGAGCCUGUCCCAUGGUGCUGAGCACCACACGGGGCCAGAGGACAUCAGCCCCACCGAGGAGGUGACAGACACCGAGGACAACGAGGAGGAGGACCUGGGCGUCCUGGAUGACCAGCGCAGCGUCAUCCUCCACCUGCUGUCGCAGCUCAAACUGGGCAUGGACCUGACCCGGGUGGUGUUGCCUACAUUCAUCUUGGAAAAGCGUUCGCUCCUGGAGAUGUACGCCAACUUCAUGGCUCACCCAGACAUGUUCCUGUCAAUCACAGCCGGGGCCACGGCCGAGGACCGCAUCGUCCGCUUCGUGGAGUACUACCUGACCGCCUUCCACGAGGGCCGGAAGGGCGCCGUGGCCAAGAAGCCCUACAACCCGGCGCUGGGGGAGACCUUCCACUGCUCCUGGGAGGUGCCCCGCGACAAAGUCAAACCUCUGGUCAGAUCCACCCAGGGGUCCGCCCGAGAGGCCCCCCGGGGCCACAACAACACCCAGCAAGGAGACGACCCCCCGGCCGGGUGCUACAGGGUCCGCUUUGUCGCCGAGCAGGUUUCCCAUCAUCCUCCUGUUUCGGGGUUUUACUGCGAGUGUCGGGAGAAGAGGAUGUGCGUCAACGCUCAUGUGUGGACCAAGAGCAAGUUCAUGGGCAUGUCCAUAGGAGUGUCCAUGGUGGGAGAAGGCGUCCUGUGUCUCCUGGACCAUGAUGAGGAGUACGUGUUCACGCUGCCCUGUGCCUACGCUCGCUCCAUCCUCACGGUGCCGUGGGUGGAGCUGGGGGGUAAAGUGUCCAUCAGCUGCGCCAAGAGCGGAUACUCGGCCACGGUGACCUUUCACACCAAGCCUUUCUACGGAGGGAAGGUUCACAGAGUCACAGCAGAAGUCAAACACAACCCGACCAACACCAUUGUGUGUAAAGCGCAGGGUGAGUGGAACGGUACCCUGGAGUUCACCUACAGCAGCGGGGAAACCAAAGUCAUCGACACCGCCAAACUGCCCGUCACCAGGAAGAAGCUUCGGUCCGUGGACAAACAGGGACGGACAGAGUCCAGGCGGCUGUGGCAACAUGUCACCAAGUCUCUGAAAGAAGGAAACAUCGAUGAAGCCACCGAACACAAGCACAGACUGGAGGAACGCCAGAGAGGAGAGGAGAGGCAGAGGGCAGCAGAUAACAAACCCUGGACACCAAAGUACUUCACUAAAGAGGGCGACAGCUGGAUCUACACCAACCCACUGUGGAAGUCCACCUGACGGCAGACCGCUCCUCUUCUCACGGACACAAACUGACAUCACGCCUUCGCGCUCUGAGGUCAGAGGUCGGAGGUCAAACAGGGGUCUCGCCGACCUUCAGGCCUGAGCUGUGGACAAAGCGACACCGCGGAGACAAACAGAAACAAGCGAGGUGCCAAAGGGAUCGUCACUGUUCAAAGAAUAAACAACAAAAACUAGGAGGGUCUCUGGGGACUAAAGUACCUUUUUAUAUACAAUAAAUUACUAUUCAAAGUAGAGUAUUUCUAUUUUUCACCUUGCCAAGGCCUUUUUUGCACAUGCACAGUAAUGGAGUUUGCCACUGGUGUUUUACUUUUUAUAAAUGAAUCUGUUUCCACUGGUUGUCGUCUAUGUUUGGUCGGAAGCUUUUUGGUUUGUCACGCAGCGGUAGAACGAACCGAUUCCCUGUAGCUGUAAAUGUUUAACAAGCACUUUUAGAAGUAAAUGUACUAUUUUCUAUCUAUAGCGUUCACCUAUCAGGGUGGUCUUUAAGAGCUUUAGAGCUAACCAGAUAACUAACAGACUUCAAAUGACAUGUAAAUUAAUUUCAUCUGAACAUGGGAUUAUGUCCGAUAUGACAUGAUUACAGGAUAUUAGAAGUAUGUCGACCGGUCACCAUGAAGGUCCUGAUUGUUUUGUCUGCACUAUGAAUGUAUCUGGGCACAAAUAUGGUAAUAAUGUGCUGUUUUCCAUUUUGCACCGUGCCCAACUACACACAUAUUACUUCGAUCCAUCUCCGACAUGCCUCUGCAUAAGCAACACUCUGAUAUUUCUCCAUUUCUACCUCUGUGAUUCAGCUAGUCCAACCUUUUUGCAAACAGAAAAAAAAAGCAGGUUUGUUGGUGUAAAACUCUCCGGUUUCCUCUCCUCGUGUCUGAUUGUGCCCUUAAGAUGCCACUUGUGUAAUUAGGAAAGCAGCGCACACCCAGCCCGAACCCCCGUGAAGUUAAUACCCCUCCUUAGGUCGUCUGUGGUGUUGAAUAUGGAAGAGGACGCUCGCAGAAACACACAACCGUGUUCCGGCAUCUGAGGGUCAGUAGAAGGUCGCCUUUGUGGAGAUGAGAGGAUAUCCAGCCGAAUUAAAAUCACCGGCCUGUGGGACAUGUACUGUACUGGAGUCCUCAUCGUAAAAGCAGUAGUAGCCACAGAAUUUACCCCAAAAAGUUUUCAAAGACUUAUGAAUUAAAUGUCAUUCCUUUUAUUUAAUGGCCUUAUUUUUGUCAUCUCAGCCUCAUGUUCACUCACAGUUUUAAUGUGUUCUUUUACUGUGUAUUUUAAUCCAGAAGAAUUUACCAGAUGCCAAUUAGUAGCCUAUGCCGGAAGACUUACGGCAUAAAAAGACACACGAGCAAAACCUGCAAAACUGGGAAAACCUCCUUUAAACCUGUUCUGACGUCGGCCUUACAUGAACGCAGUUUUCUAUAGCGAGAGGAUCCAGACUCAUGCUGGUGUAGACGACGGCUGUGGACACCAAGACUGUCUCUGUUAAUAAAGACCAUCAACCUUUUGGGAA